AUGUCAACAGGUUUGCCGCUGCCACGGCUAGUAGCCGAGCGUGCCUCUCGUGGCUGCACGAUUCCGACCGAGUCCAUCCGCGACGGUUGCGUGACACUUCUUUUUUCGGGUGCCAUUCGGAAGGGCCAGGAGCCUGAGAAGGACUGUAGGGGAGCCUGCCUCGAGAGCAAUCUUUACAGCAGCAUCUUGGUCUGCUGGAUCAUGGACCUUCUGUCCUCGCAGGCGUGCCAGUCCAUGAAGGGGCUGAUCUCCAUGGUUCUUUCACGAGUUGCAUGUGCCAAAAUGAUGCUGGGUGGCUGCAGUUUAGGGGAGUUGCCGGCGAGCUUCCUGGCGACAGCUUUGGACAUCCUGGGCGUGGACCUUCGUGGCACAUUCUUCCUGGAUCCACGUGGUGCAGGAAAGCUUGCAGCUCCCCCCCAAACGCGGCCGGAAUUGAAGCAGCGGCUGCCUUGGUUCUUCUGCGAGAUGCCACGUUUUCGCACGCAAGAGUGCCGUGUAGAGUUCUACACCUGCAGCAAAACCAUGUGUGUGCCCUCGAAGAUUGCAGAAUUUUGA